UCCCGUCUGCCUGGCCGCUUCGCUGCAGGGAGUUCAUUUCACUACCGACUAACGCUACACAGCAAACUGAAACUAUUGACUAACGCUACACAACAAGCUGUAACUAUUAUCUAACGCUACACAGCAAGCUGAAACUAUUAUCCAACGCUACACAGCAAGCUGUAACUAUUAUCCAACACUACACAACAAGCUGUAACUAUUAUCUAACGCUACACAGCAAGCUGAAACUAUUAUCCAACGCUACACAGCAAGCUGCAACUAUUAUCCAACGCUACACAGCAAGCUGCAACUCUGAAGACAAUUAGUGGCAACUAACAACUGACAACAAGCUGCGACAGGAGUUCAUUUCACUACCGACUACCAGCUAAGAACAUAACAACCAGUCACUAGCUGAAACUACAGUGUGACAGCUGUUAGAACUAUUCUGUUGGAACAAUUCUGUUGGAACUAUUCUAUCAGAACUAUUCUGUUAGAACUAUUCUGUUGGAACCAUUCUAUCGGAACUAUUCUGUUGGAACCAUUCUAUUAGAACUAUUCUGUUAGAACCAUUCUAUUAGAACUAUUCUAUCGGAACUAUUCUAUCGGAACUAUUCUGUUGGAACUAUUCCGUUGGAACUAUUCUAUCGGAACUAUUCCGUCGGAACUAUUCUGUCGGAACUAUUCUGUUGGACCUACAAGGAAGGUGGCGCCAGUGGAGUUGUCAUGGAGAAUUCUGUGUUGUGGAUAUUCCUGACAGCAACAUGUGUUAUUAAAGGUGUGUGUAGUCAGUCAGUCCAGAUGGAAGCUGGACAGUCAGGUUUCGUGGGCUCUAAGGUGGAUCUACCAUGUCUUUUUAUUAACAGCAUCCCACCUGUCAAGAUCUCACAGGUGACAUGGCAGAAGGUGAUUAAUGGAAAGAAACAGAACGUGGCGAUAGCUAACCCGUCUCUAGGCGUGUCUGUGGCUCCGCCCUUCAAAGACAGAGUCAGCUUCAAAAACCCUGUGGUGCGGAGGAGAACUCCGUCCCUGGAGGACACCACUCUGACCUUCUCGUCUCUGCGACUGUCUGACGAGGCCAGAUACAUCUGUGAAUACACUACCUUCCCUGCUGGCAACCGUGAAAACACGGUCAACCUCACAGUCUACGCCCGACCUUUGACCCAGAUGAGUUUGUCGACACCCACACUGGUAGCUCGGUCAUCCAAUCUGAAGACGCCGGUCGCCACCUGCCUCUCGGCCAAUGGGAAGCCUCCAGGAACCAUCAGGUGGGACACGCGUGUGCGUGGUGAGGCGACCACCCAGGAGAUCCGUAACUCUGAUGGGACGAUCACAGUGCGAAGCGACUUUAUCCUGGUACCCAGCAAGAAUACACACCUGGAGAAACUCACCUGUAUCACCUCCUAUAACCAGGAGACAUACACCGACUCUGUCACGCUGGACAUACAGUAUGAACCAGAGGUGUCAGUGGAGGGGUUCGAUGGGAACUGGUACCUGGACCGUCAGAACGUUGAGCUCACAUGUCUAACCGAUGCCAACCCACCUGUCUCUCUGUUCCAAUGGAGAAUGUUGAAUGGUUCCAUACCGAACAGCGUAGAGAUCCGUGACAAUGUCCUGUUAUUUAAAGGACCAAUCAGAUACGAGGUAGGAGGGACUUACGUCUGCGAUGCAACCAAUAGCAUCGGGACAAGCUCUGCCUUCAUGGAGAUCAGCAUCACAGAAGAGCCACUGCCCCAGGUGGGAACGGGUGAUGUCUUCAGUGUUCUGGGCAUGCUAUUGGCUGUGGGGCUGAUUCUGGGCGUGGCGAUCACUGUGCUGCUUCUUAACAGGAGAAAACAGAGGGAAGAGAUGGAUGCUGACUCGACAGACUCUGCUCCUUCUCUUAAACUGGCUCCUCCUCCUGCCAGGAGAAAACCUGGUGAUGAGUUCCAGCGGUCAGGGAGGGUGUAUGAGGACCUCCCCAACACAGCGGACUAUGUCAGCUACCGACUGGCCUGUAACAAGGAUGACUACCCAGAACCCUACUCUCCCCCCAUCAACCCUCCCCUCUCCCUCCCCGACUCUCCACCUAUCAACCCUCCCCUCUCCUUCCUCUCCCAGCACGCCUACACCCACUCCAACAAUACCUUCUCCCCCGCCUCCCAUCCCUCCUCUGUCUUCAGAUAUCCUUCCCUCCCCUCCCUAUCCCCCCCUCCCGGCCUUGCACCCUACACCUUCCCUAAAGAACAGUAUGUCUGACCUGUAUCCACUGACCUGUAACACCUCUCUAGAGACCAUGGACCAACAGCUUUUCUCUGUCUUCUGUUCUCCUGUCCUUCAUCUUCUGUUCAUCCACUGACCUCAGAAUGUUUUCCAAUCCUAGAUAUGAGUGUGUGUGUGUGUGUUUAAAGUGUGUUUUGUGCAAGGGGGCAUUGUGAUGCUGAAACAGGAAAGGGCCUUCCCCAAACUGUUACCACAAAGUUGGAA